AUGGAAGAAAACCUAACUGCAGUGACAGACUUUAUCUUCCUGGGCUUCUCAGACCUCCAGCAUCUGCAGCCCCUUCUUUUUGUCCUCGUCUUACUCAUCUACCUCUUCACACUGAUAGGAAAUGGCCUCAUCAUCGCUGUCACGGUUGCUGACCUGGCCCUCAACACCCCCAUGUAUUUCUUCCUCAGGAACUUGUCAGUAUUGGAGAUCUGCUACACUUCCGUGGUCAUCCCUAAGACCUUGACCGACCUCCUUUCAGAGAGGCGGGCUAUCUCUUUCCUAGGCUGUGCAGUCCAGAUGUACUUCUACCUUUUCUUUGGCAGCACAGAGUGUGGCCUGCUGACUGUUAUGUCCUAUGACCGGUACGUUGCCGUAUGCAACCCAAUGCGUUACUCGCUCAUCAUGAGCAGAAAGGUCACCCUAAGCUUGGCAGCUGUGGUGUGGAUCAUGGGCAAGUUGGUGGCAUGUGAGCAAACAGCAGCCAUAUUCAUGUUACCCUUCCAUGGGCCGAAUCAAAUCAACCACUUUUUCUGUGACGUCCUCUCAGUGCUUAGGCUGGUCAGCACGGACAAAUCACUCAUCAAUGCCAUUCUUUCUUUCCUCACUGUGGUGUUCACAAUAGUCCCCUUAAUCUUAAUCAUCAUCUCCUAUGCAAGCAUCAUCUGGACCAUUCUGAAGAUGCACUCAGGUGAGGGGAGACGCAAAGCUUUCUCUACUUGCUCCUCACACCUAAUCACAGUCAUCUUAUUCUACUGCAGCGGCUUUAUCACCUACAUGAGGCCCAGUUCCAAUGUGUCUGUGGACACCAAUCGAGCCCUCGCCCUGUUGUACACGGUCAUUAUUCCAGCAUUCAACCCAAUCAUAUACAGCCUGAGGAACAAAGAAGUCAAGGAGGCUCUGAGGAAAUUCUUGAUCAGGAGUAACAUUUCUUUGUUAUCAUAA